UAACCACGAAGGAGAAGGUCGUAUUUUAAUACCUUUCACUUUUCUGGGUUUCUCACUAUGGUUGCAGACCGCCCCGAUACCGUUGCGGCGGCCGAUGCCACGGCCGCCACGGUCCUAGCCACCGAGCGGAGUAACCCGCUGGACCAGCCUACUCCACGCUCGUGUUACAACUGCCACCGGCGCAAGGUCCGUUGCGACAAGGGCCAGCCAUGCGUUCGCUGUGCCCGUGGUGGGAAGCAAUGCACCUAUCCGCCCAUUGGGCAGAGGAUCCAGCGCCCCAGGAAGACGACAAUGGCCUGGGUAGCAAACUGUCUCUACACUCUGGAGAAACGCCUCCCAGUACCCCCAGCAUCACCCCCUGAACCCACGGUUACAGCUGGGCGCCCUGCCUUCAAUUCCCCCCAGCCACCUGCUGGGCGUCCGACGACAGCAGCCACACCUGCCACACCUGGGGAGGCUGAGCACUUCUUUGGAGACGAGAUUCUGGUCCAAAAGGGCUCGCACAGCGAGUACUUCAACGAGCCGCUCCACUCUAGGAUGAUUGACCAACAAAAGGAUAUCCAAAAUGUCUUGACCACUCCACCGGCCAGCGAACAUGAACUCCUGUCCCGUUUCUCCAUCUACAGCCCAAUGGGGAUCCUCUCUGCCGCCUCCUCCCAGCCAUGCUCCAGCUACUUCCCGCUCAAGCAGACAGCCCUGAGGCUGUGGAACGCCUAUCUCGAGAGGAUCGAGGCAUGCUCCGGCAUCAAGGUCUUGCACAUUCCUACUGACGAGGUCAAAAUAUGUGCCACCAUCGAGAAUCCGGCAGGAGCUCAGCCAGAGGACUUGGCCUUAUGUUACUCCGUCUUCUUUGCCGCCAUGGCCGUCCUCCAGCCCACCGAAGCCCAGGCGCUGCUCCAGCAGGAUGAUCCCUUUACCGUCCAGUUCCGAUGUAAGGCUGGUUUCGAGCAAGCGUUGGCCGAAGCAGAGGUUCUAGACAAACCCACAUUCCCAAUGCUCUCCGCCCUGACGCUGUACCUGUCGGCGCUCCAGCUUCACAGCCGUGGGAAGGGCAUUUGGAUUCUCAACGGCAUGGCCCUCCGUAUCGCCCAGGCAUUGGGCCUCCACCGCGACGGCGAGCGCCUCGGCCUGCCUCCGUUCCAGGCUGAACUCCGCCGGCGUGUCUGGUGGCACAUCAUCAGCCGCGAUGGCCGCGCGGCCGAAGAUUUUGGUCUCCAGGGCUUCUGCUCCAGGCGCUCCGACGCGCGGCUGCCCCUUCCGAUCGACGACACCGAUCUCCACCCCGACAUGCCCGCCCUCCCCUCUCCCCGAUCCGGCGUCUUCACCGCCAUGACACUCCCCCUAGCCAACUUCGAAAUCACUCGCGCGGUGCGCCGGCUGGGCAGCAUCGCCGCCUCGGCAACACCCACCUCCCCGCCGGACGAGUCCGUCCGUGUGCAAAUCAUCCAGGAGGCCAGGCAGCGCGUCGACGAGCUGCUCGCCGGCUGUAACCCCGUCAUCCCCCGCCAUCGGCUAGCGCUGCUGACCUCGCGCCUGGCGAUGCGCAAUGCCGAUCUCGUGUCUCGGCAGCAGUGGCUGGCGCUAAAAUUCCGCAAGUAUAGCGACGAUGGUACUAGUAACGACUCGCGCGACAUGCUGCCGACGGACGAGGACCUGGCCGAGGCGCUUGACGUGCUGGACCUGGCGCUGCAGAUAUGGGGCGACGAGAUGCUAAGGCCGUACUCGUGGCUGUGGCGGACGAACCCAGAGUACCACGUCGUCAUGUAUCUGCUCUGGCAUCUCUGCGUGCAGCCCAAGGGACCCCACGUGGAAAGGGCGUGGGUAACGGUGGAUCGGUGGUUCAACGAGUAUAAGGAGAUGGGAGAGGGGCAAGGCCAUAAGGGGGCUAUCCUGGCUGCUCUAAGGCGGAAAGCCGAGAUGAUGCGGGAUGCGAGAGCUAAUGUUGCUGGACACGAAGGGGAUAGCGGUGCUACCGGGGAGCUUGAUCCCAACGCUCCUGUGGCAAACCGUCAGGGGCAACCUGCUGAAGCGGGUAUCACGCCGUGGGGCCCGGGGGUUCUAGGGCAAAUGUCUGUAGGCGGGGACAGCGAGUGGAAUGGCGACCUUAACGACGUGCCAGACUGGGGAGCCUUUGUCCAGGCUUUCCAGAUGGACGGCAAAGACUUUUCAGGCAUGGGAUGGUAUAAUUGAGGGUACCGUAGGAACCCACCCAAUACAUACACCUUCACUCUAUCUCCAUGUCGUUCUCUUUCUUCUCUUUCCUUCUCUUCCGUCUUUCUCUUGCUUUUGUUCCCUUUCUCUAUUACCGGGACUGCUACCUACUCAUAUAUAUCUCACUUUGAGAGCAGGGAGCUGUCUGUAUGUUCAAGCGACUUCAAUUCAGCUAAGGAAGUGCCGGCUUUUCAAGUCUAGCAACCUUCUGCUCAUAUGUACGAAACGUUGAGCCGCAAUGCGGCCCACUCAGGUUCGUCAGACGGCCUAAUUAUUACAACGAUCUACUUUGUACAAGUUG